UUGGGCUAUCAUGAGCAAUAAGGGCAAAGAUUGUUAUUCGAAAAUUUUUGAAUUCAUCAAAAGUCACUUUCCUUCUUUCAAUCCCGAAUCGUACAUGUCCGACUUUGAAAUUGGAUUACACAACGCCGUGGAAGCUGCGUUUCCUGGUAUUGUAGCUAAACAUUGUUAUUUCCACUAUGCCCAGGCGAUAAUCAAAAAAUCUAAUGAACUGGGGUUGAUAAAUAAAUCCCUUACAACACCAUCAUCGGAUCCUGACAUUUAUGCAGUUGUUAAGCAGCUCAUAGCACUAGCGUUACUCCCACCAGGACUUGUUUUAUUAACCUACCAUAAAAUGAAGGCAAAUGUAAAUAGUUGCUUCGGAAAUCAUUUUGAAGCAAUAUUUACAUAUUACGAAAACUUCUGGCUAAAGAUAAUAAAACCGGAAGGAUUCAGCGUGUACGGUUUGACUGAAGAUCGAACUAAUAAUUAUGAGGAGUCAAGUAACCGAACACUUAAUGAGUUGUUGAAAAAACAUCCUCAUCCUAAUCAAUUCAUAGAAACAAUAAAGUACUUGGCAUUAGAUGCGAGGGUAGUAAGAAACUCAAUAAAUUUAGGGAAAUACAUUACUAAACAACCCAAAAAAAAAAACGGCAGAAAGUAAUGAAGAAAUUGAGGAAUUCUGGGAUGUUAUUAAUAAAACGAUUAGUGAUGUCGGUGAGGAUAAAAUCGAUGGCUUACAUUUUAUCAAUCAAUUAUCGUCCGUUAAGAAACUGCUCGAUAUGGAAAUGGAGCAAUUGAUAAAGAAAGUAAACAAUGUCAAGCCAUUGGAUAAAUGCAUGAAAGAAAAAAUUGACAAGCUGACUGACAUUGAAACCAUAGAAAUAUACCGGGAUAAUUUACUACUUACAAAUUUAAAAAAUAUUAGAAGAUUGUACCUUCAAAAAAAUAAAUUUGUAAAAAUAAUUGUAUUGGA